AGCAGCCGUUCGGCGUAGCAGAGCGAGGAGGGGGCGGAGCCCGCCGCGUGCCCGGAAGCGCUCAAUUCCCUCUGCCGCCUUGAUGUGGCGCGUGCGAAGAGCUAGGAGCGCGCGGCCCAGGGGUGUCUCGUUGGUAGCUGGGUCCUUUCCCCAACCCGGCCCCUCCCCGGCCGCCGCCGUGAGUUGCGCGAGGCAAAACGAGAGCGAGUCCGUAAGGGCCGGCCUCGCAGCCGCCAUCUUGGCCCGGGCCUAAGGCUCCGCCCCGCGUCUCGCCGGUUCUCUGGGAGAGCGGAACUGGAAGAGAGGGGCGUGGCCAGGCUGCUCCUCUGAAGAGCGCCGCCGCAGUUAUCCUGCGAGUCGGAAGUUGAAGUUCUAGAUUCUGGAACUUGGGUACUUGCACAGUCGCAGAGGACAUGGCGAGAAUGGUAUUUAUCUGUGUGAAAGUAAGAGGCGUGUGCGGUGCAUGCUGGGAUAUGUAGUCGGCCCAAGCUCAGCGCAGUUCGAAAUGGGCGUGAGAGUGAGCUGUUGCGCCUAGAACCGUAGGUGCUGCCCUGCGCUGCCCAGCGUGACUUAGCCACUUCGCUGGCGGUCCGUCCUUGGCAGCGACCGCCUUUCCGCGUUCAUACUGUAUUGGCAACCCUCAAGCGCGGUGGUCUAGGUCCCGAAACCGGACUCAUCAACUCAUAGAACUCCAAGUUUUCGUUAAGUGAAUGAGAGAGUUAAACCUACCAAGAAAGUUCGCUGCUGCUUCCUAGAGCAGCUCGGGCCUGUAGACCUUUCCGUUUCCGGUGCUGGCCUCCAAGUCCCCAGUGUCUUUCCCCCGCUGAGCUAAGUCAGUGGCAUUUCGGAGACCGAGCGCUCCUCUCCCGCAAAUGGAACUUGCGGCACCAGAAGCAGCUAGGGAGAAUCCAGAUGAUGUGAAGCUGCUGGGGAACCGGACAUCAAAAUUCCCGGGAGCCCUCCAGUCGCCCCUCGAUUGCGGGGCUGAGCUGCAGGAGUGCCCUCUCCUGGCGCGGCCGGAACAACCAGCCGCCGGGGCAAAGUUGCUGGACCAGCAGUACCUAUAUAGGUCAGGCCCUGAGGAAGAAGCCUUUGCCGAGACCAAUGAUCCUGUAGUCCCCAAAGCUUUCAGGUGCCGCAGUUGUGGGCUGACUGUAGCCAGCCUCUCUGACCUCAUUCACCAUCAAAGCAGCCAUGGGUGUGACCGGCCGUACAGCUGUCCAGAGUGUGACAAAAGCUUCCGGCGUGGCUCAGAUCUGGUUAAGCACUACAGGGUGCACACUGGUGAAAAACCUUACCCUUGCCCAGAAUGUGGCCGUUGCUUCAGUCUCAGCUCUAAUCUCACCAAACACCGGCGUUCUCACUCAGGUCUCCGGCCUCAUAAGUGCAUGGAGUGUGGAGAGGCCUUUGGCCGCAGUGCAGACCUAGCAAAACACCAGAGGGUGCACACUGGGGAGAAGCCCUAUGCUUGUGCUGAGUGUGGUAAGACUUUCAGGGUGAGCUCCAACCUGAUUCAGCACCAGCGUACUCACACUGGUGAGAAACCCUACCGCUGUGGACUCUGUGGCAAGAGUUUCAGCCUGAGCUCUAACCUUUUACAGCACCAACGCUGUCACACAGGUGAGAAACCCUACUUCUGUGCCUGGUGUGGGGACAGCUUUGGGCGCAGUUCCUAUCUGCUGGAACACCAGCGUUCACACACAGGUGAGAAGCCCUACAAUUGCUGUGAGUGUGGCAAGAACUUCACCAACAGCUCAAACUGCCUAAGGCACCAGCGCACUCAUAAUGGAGAACCGCCUUUCAGGUGUCUUGAAUGUGGACGAGGCUUUAGCGAGAGCACCAUGUUCAUUGAACACCAGCGCAUUCACUUGAGCCAAUGACUGACCUUUCCAGAAUGUGGCAAAAUCUUACACCACAGCUCUAUUAAUGUUAACACAUGAGCAAAAAGCCCUAGAAGUUUCCUGGUUGCAGCUAGUAUUUUGUGGACAAUACCAGCAUAUCCACGCAAACCAAAGACCUUACAUUUGCAGCAAGUGUGCCAGGAGCUUCAGGCAGAUUUCCCACUUGCUCUUCUACCAGGUGACCCACAGACAAAAGACGACUUCCAUCUGUUUGUAAUGUGGCAAGGCCUUUGCCCAUAACUCCCAACCUUGUCUAGCACCAAUGAAUUACCAAGAGGGGAGCUUCUGCAGACAUCCCUGGCUUCAGUUUUAACCCAGAUUUUGUUUCUGUGUUUGGUCCAGACCUGAGAAGCCUGCAGGAACCAGGGUUUUUAAGCAGACACCUUUUCUGCAUCCCUAAGAUGGCUUAAUUAAGGGCCGAUAAUAGGACUCACAAUUGCCACCUGGAUUGAGACAGGAACCCCAGGCUAGAGCAUAGCACUAGAGCUGUGGCUACUGCCUUCAAAGAUAAGAUCUUAAAAAACAACAAGGUCCUGCUGUUCUAUGAAAUUAUAUUCAGAGUAAUAUCCAUUAGCUAGAGGGAAGUUUUUACAUGUCCAGAGCCAAUAACCCUGACCCAGCUGCUUUGAGAUAGGUUAACCAUAACAAAAGCAAUAGCAUCCAGGGUGGUGGUGGCACACACCUUUAAUCCCAGCAUUCUGGAGGCAGA